UCUCGGAAUUCAAAUUUAGAAUCAUGGCGGCGAUUAUUCGUGUGAAACGUCGUAUUUCCGAUGGACCUUUGGAAAAUAUUGUUGUUUCUUGUAAAAAGAAUCGCUUGAUUGAGAAUGUGAAUACACCUAAUGAGGAUAUUGUUACUACAGAAUUAAAGUUUGCCGGAACUGUUGUUGAUAAGACAGAUGCUAUUUCACAGCACAUUCGUAAAGCAAUCAAGAAGGAAAAACUAGAGAAAGAAUAUAAACGUCAUGCUUGCCAGGAUCCUACUGUUAGAAGCCGCACCAUUUCCCAGGCAUCAUCAAAGAACAAACGAUAUUUUGUUGUUUCAAAACACAGGAGCCCAGAAUUGGAUACAAUUGAUUCUGUAAAUGUUGACGAUGAAACUACUUCACAAAAAACGCAAGAUGCUACCAAAGAAACUGAGACUGACCCUGUCAGUGACAAAUUAUAUGUUCUGUAUGAUAUUGAACAGGAUGUGGUCCCCAUUGCUGCAAAUCCCCAGCAGAAGGAUGUUGUCACCUGCAAUUCAGUCCCCAUGGAAAGGGAAAAGGUACAUUACACCACAAACGGAGAAUAUGUGUAUGAUUUGUAUUAUAUAAACCGUUCGGGAUUUGAUUAUCGCUGGCUUGAGAGCACCUCGUCCAUUGAACUGUAUGAGCAGAUUUUGAUGGAUGACAGAUUGUCUGAUUCUGAUGAAUAUGUCGAGGAAGAUUCAGACAGCAAUGACGAAAACAACUGGAGAAAUGACUAUCCUGACGAAGAUCCCCACUUCUACGACCCUAAUGAAAAAAACAGUGAUGAGGAUGAUUAUGACGGCUAUGAAAACUUUGGUCUUUGUUCUGAUGACGAAAAACAAGCGGAUAUGUUGGCACACCGAAUUGAAAGAUGUUUUCUGGAUGAAGAAGACAAAGAAGAAGAAGAACGGGAAUAUUACAAGCAUCUGGAUAGUCGUGGUGGUGGUGGUGGUGGUGAUAGUGAUGAUGAUGAUGAAUAUUCAGUGGGUAAAGGACAAAAUAUUGGUGGACGAUCCUAUGAACAAUACAAGAAAGACAUGUUAAAACAAAUGAACAACACGUAGACCAACACGGAAUGAACUUUUAAUAGCGUUGUUUCUAUUAUUAAUGUCAGCAACAACUUGAUAUCGAGAGAGGACGAAGUUGUAUAUUGGUUAACUUUGACUUUCCUUUCUCUUGGGUCAGUAAAGUAUAUAUUUAAAUAUUGAUGGGGCUGUUCAGCAUGAUUUUCAUUUCACUAAAAAUUAUUGUACAUCUUUGAGAAAAUAUUAACAGUCCAUCUGGAAAAUUCCAUUAUACAGAGAAUAUUUCUAUUGUUGUUUAGCCUCAGAGCAAUCAAGGCAUUACUUUAUCAAAUGUAUUCUUUCGUUUUUCAAGGCAGUAGUGGUGUGAAAUGAAAGAUUUCACUGCCAUUUCUGGCAUAUAGAAUGACUGCUGAGAGGCUCCUUCAUUGGCCAUACUGAAUAAUUGCAUUUAAAAUGAAUACCAGUUAUGGUAGAUUAAUGAUUGUCCUGUUCAUGUACAUAAUUCUAAAAGCAAUGUCAUUUAUAUAACUCCUUUAUAGUCAGAAGAAAUCUGAAGAAUUUCAUUUGUCAAUAUUGUUAGUAGAAAUACUAUUAUUUCUCUUCAGAAAACAGAGAGGGAGAGUAAAACAUGCAUUAUUGAAUGUGAAUCACACUUGAGUGAGUGAAUAAGGUGUAACUAGCAAACAGUCAUUGAUUCACAGCUCAACACUGGUUUAAUGUACAGUUGGCAAAGACCCUAACUCUCUACAAAAACCACGGAUAGAUACUGUUCACUUGGUAACGUGUAUUAACAUUCUUUCAUAAAGCUGGAUAUUGUAUAAAUUUCUGAGGGGUCUGUCAUGAGUUCUAGAGCUCAUACAGCUGUAGUUUAACCCAGAUUUCAUUAUGCUUAAGUACUGAGAUUACAACACAUUCUUCUGAAUGAGACACCAAGUUGACUUCAGCUGUCACCGGAAUUCUUUUAUGGCUGAGUGGCUUGUUUUGCAUUGCUUAAGAACACAAUACACUCCCUGGUCCAGGAAGCAAAACUAUGAUCAUAAGAUGUGAGGACAACAUAUUAACCACUGGGCCACACACCUGUACAGAGUUUUAAAAAAACAAAAAAAAAAACUACAUAUUUUUAUUUGAAUUAUGUGACUCUAACAAU